GCGAGAAGUGUGUUGCUACUUUGGAAUGCAUCAAUAUGGCGGGCACUCACGAAAGUAUGGUGUGAAGUUAAAACCUCAAGUCGCCACAGUGGCUUACUGUCAGAUUGUUUAACAUUUGUGAGGCGCUAUUAUGGAAUCCUCAUACACUGAAGCCGUCUCGGCGUCCCUUGUGCGAGAAUUUCUCAGCAGAAAGGGCUUGAAAGGUACACUCCAAAUGAUGGACCACGAAAUGCCAAGGGGAGACAAUGCUAUCAGUAACAGACAACUGCUAAUGAAGGAACUUCAUAUUGAAAAGCUGAUGAAGAAAAAUAAGGACAUGGUAGAACCACUAAGAACAAUGCUGGAGAUAAUUACGAGACAUUUCCUGGACAUGACUAACUCGAGCGACGUAACGAUACCACCCAGAUCCCAGGAUUCUCGCCCGUCGUCGUCCUCGCUGUCAUCACGGAACAGCGACCGCACUGAUGUGGUAAACACUGGAACUGAUAGGUCUGCUUCCUCUGGUUAUAGCUCUGCAAAGUCUAGGACAAUUGUACGUAAUGGUAGCCAGGACCUGAUCAUUGACGACGAUGUGGAGGGUGAGACGCUCCUGGGGGCAGGAAAGGCCGGCCUGAUGGACAAAGAGGACACCAAUGAUUAUCUCCCUACCCCACAGAGAAACCAAGCCCGACCAAUCAGUGCCAAGAGAAAGGGAUUGUCUGGACCAAUCACCAGUAGUUUAGAGGACACAGGAAGAAACAGGAAAAUGAACAAACCCCGCCCACUGACCUCAGGGUCGCGUAAAAUUCUGUUAGACACUACCGAAACUGUGUCUGAACCUAGACGGAGCUCAUUAAAUGAUGACAGAGUGACAGUAACUCAAGGAAUAAGAAAUACUGCAAACCUUGACAAGAAAUCUUCAAUACAGGACGUGUUGAACAUCAAGAACAGAAGUCCUACUAUACAGAAAUUGGCAUCUUCAAGGCGGCAGGUGUCGGUCGAGGAUGAGUUCCCUGAAUACAGUGUGGAUAAAUCCAGUAUCGGUAGCAGGCCGCCCACCAGAGGAAGUCAGAGAUCACCGUCCUCCAAUUCUCUGUCAUCAAAAACGUCCACAAAAGUGGGAGAUGUGGAGUUUGGCGAUUGUGAUGACCUGGAUUCAGAUCUCGCAGACCUUGACCUUGGACCAAAGUUAUCUGUGUGUCGCCCCGUCCAAAACUUAAUAGACGCCCGUCCUAUUACACUACAGACAGCAAUAAACCUGAAAACUUUAAUAUUUGGUGCAGCAACUCAGUGUUUCAACGACGAGUGGAGAUACCAAAGCCUGGUAUUCUGUGAUUUACCCAAACUUCAGUACGGGAUUGUCCAAAAGAAGGGUGGUCCAUGUGGUGUGCUGGCUGCCAUUCAGGCUUGUGUUUUACAGGAGCUGCUAUUUGGAGACUGUAAAAUACCACUUAAACAAUUUGGUGAUCCAACACAUGAAGAGAGAAGUCUAGCUCUAGCUACAGCUCUGGCCAAAAUUUUCUGGAGGGCAGGGGAGAGAAAAGCUGCUGUGGUGGCCAUAGGCACUGGGAAGUCUUUGUUUCAGGGUGGGGCAGGAAAGUACAAGGCCGAUGAACUGACAGAGACAUUGAUGUUGAACCACUUUAAGUCCUACAAAGAUUUGCUGGACUUCCUAACACAGAACGUACAUUACUUCAUGAUGGAUGGCAGCGGGGGCGUGAUUCUUACAUUGUACUCUGUCAUCUUCUCACGAUACAUUGACCAGGUACGAGAAGACAUGGAUGAACCAACAGGAAAACUGAUGGGGGCGCAUGGAUAUUGUACUCAGGACAUGGUUAAUUUAUAUUUAACUGGAAAAGCCACAUCUAAUGUGUUCAAUGAUAAAAUUGAGCUGGACUCAGGGACAGGAAGUGAUGUCACAAUUCUUAAAGGGAUCACAGGGAGGUCAAACAUAGGAUUACUGUCUUUGUUCGAACAUUACAAAUCAUGUCAGGUUGGAACAUAUUACAAGACCCCCAAAUGCCCAAUCUGGGUGGUGUGCAGUGAAAGUCACUUCAGCGUUUUGUUCUGUAUCAAGAAAGAGCUUAUCAGUGAUUGGAAGGCAGAGCGGCGGUUUGACUUGUAUUACUACGAUGGCUUGGCACGACAACAGGAAGAAAUCAAACUCACCAUAGACACGGUGUCGGUUGGACUGCAGAGUGUGACAUCAGAGGAAGAUCUCGUUCCCCCGCUGGAGCACUGUAUACGAACAAAGUGGUCCGGGGCACAUGUUGACUGGAAUGGAACCGAGCCUCUUUUAUAACAACAGAUCUGAUUGGUUCAAUAGCCUUUUUUCUUCGAAAUAAACCAUUGCUGCAGCGAAACCAAACUGAAUAUGUGUUAGAAAUUAAUAAGAUUGGUUCAUCAUAGAUUCAGAGUAGCAGUCCUAAGUAUGAUAGAAAAUUUGUGGUCUGAUACCCUUGAAGAGGAACAGAUCCAUUAAUUUGCUUUCCAAAUCGUUGACGAAACUGCUGUGACCAAUCAGCGUAUGGAGUUCAUUUGCUGUAGAUAGUUCACAAUAUGGAAUUUUUAAAAAAAAAAAUUGUGAGAGACUUGACUAAAGCCUAGAAACCAUAGCUUGAAUCUUAUGUUUAUAGUGUGGUGGAUCUGCUUGUGUAUAUACUGGGUAUAUUUUAUUUAUAUUUAUGUGAUUGUCAGACUGAUAGGUACCUUGUGCCAAUGAAAUAAAACCCCUGCUGAUAUAAAUAUCUGUGGUUAUUUGGAAUGCCACAACAACCAAUCAAAUUAUGUGUUACAACUGAAAUAAAACUGUAUAAAUACAAUAGCAAUAAAAUGGUUGAUUAAAAAAUCAAAUGAUGUGUUACAACUGAAAUAAAACUGUUUAAAUACAAUAGCAAUAAAAUGGUUCAGGUUGAUUAACCAAUCACAUUAUUUGUUAUAACUGAAAAACUGUAUAAAUACAAUAGCAAUAAAAUGGUUAAUUAACCAAUCAAAUUAUGUGUUACAAAUGAAAUAGAUUGUAUAAAUGCAAUAGCAAUAAAGUGGUUACAUUAGCUGAAUACACCAUCAUAAUUUCUUAAUGAUGAAUGUAUUCAUAAUAUUGUAGUUCCAAAUAAUUAUUUGCAAAUAGGACUGAUAUGAUAUGGUUAUUGGUUUGUGUGUUCUUAUUUAGGUCACCUUUGUCGCUCAGGUGACCUCUUGCUGUAUUUGUCUGCAUCCAUCGUCGUCCGCCGUGCAUUAACAAUUAAAUAUUUUUAGCUUCUUCUUGACUAUCCUUCCAAUUCUUUUCUGUGGUAUGAAGCAUCUUUGGGACAAUGGGGAUAUAAAUUGUAAAUUCCAGCCGUUUUGCUCCCCUGGGACCUUAGGGACAGAGCAAAAAGUUACAAAUAUUCAAAAAUCUAAACUGUACAUCUUAAGAAAAACUAAACGCUUAGUCAAAUAGAGCGGGAAGGCCUCUUCCAAAAUUGUAAAUUUCAUGAUCCCUGGGGUAGAGGUUUUGGGGGCCAAACUUGGCAUAUUGUGUAUAUGUAUAAAACAUUUACAUAGCAUCUUUAAUGCUAUUGAUAUUGAAUUGAAACUAAAUGGGUAUUUAGAACGAGCAGGUAGCCCUUUACCAAAAUUGUAAAUUCCAUGAUCCCAGUGGUAGGGGUUUUUGGUUCCAAGGUGAUUAUUGUCUUUAUCAUUUAAAAUACUUGUACUUUAAUUUUUCUGAUACUGUAUGAAAAUAAAUACAUUUUAGGGAAAAGCAGAAAUGGAUACACCAAAAUUUGUUAAUUUUCCAACCCCAGGUUUCUGACUAGGGAUGAAUCUAAACUAUAGUAAUAUAAUGUUAAUAUUACCUUUACUAUGUAAAGUCUUUGAUCAGUACUGCACUUGGGGGGGGGGGGGGGGGGGAUUUUGUUUUAAGAACAGGUCUUGUUUAUACUGCUGCUGACUUUUAGAAUAGCUUAGAGUUUCAGAACAGGAAAAUCACCCUUGGGGCUCGUGAUCCUUUUAACUAAUACUCAGGUGACUGAUAAGGCCUGUGGGCCUCUUGUUUUCUGUAUGUUUUUAUGUUUAAUUUAUGAACUUUUUUGUUUUAUUGCUAAUGUAUUUAUUUUACUAGAGAUAUUCUUUGUUACAUGCAUGUUAGAUGAUUUAGUGACUGUGAGAAGUACUGAACGUAUUAUCCAAUUUAAUGAGUUAUACACGCUGUCUGUCCAGUUGUACUAUUACAUUUGUUUGAAUGUGAUAUCCGACUUUUAUUGUUGAAAUAGUCUUCCUCAACUUAAAUCAACAUUUAGCCAGAGGUCGCUGUGUAAAUUUCAAAUGUUUCAUGCUACAAGUGAUGGAAAAACAGCAAACGAUGAAAACAAGCAAAAUAAACACUAAAUGAAGAUAGACAGUAUUUAUCUCAACAAUGCAGCUGGAAAGAAUUGGUUUUGUUUAUCUCAAUAAAAUCAAGUUAAUAAAUUUACUUAUAUAAUGCCUGAAAAA